ACAUGCACGAGACGAGACGGGGACGGACUCCAAACCACAUUUUGGACAUUUUCAUCAAGAACUGCGCCGUUAUGGCACCACGAGAAGAGGACCCAAGGACAAGGAGGCAAUUAGAGCUAAGGGUUUUGCUGAUAAAGGUCUUAUAGACGGACGGACGACACUUCGUUGUGAAGCGGAGGGUGUGCUGUGUGGUUUCGUGUUUAACCUCGUCUCCUCGUGCCCUGCGUGUGCGCCCCUGUGGCUCGUAAUGAUAUAACGUACGUGUGUUUUGCGCAACGUAGAGGGGAAAAAGGUAAACCGGAGGAGACGCGGCAGCAGCGGACGCCCCCUGCCGGUGGCGGCGCGUAACUGCAACACAGCCUUCGGGCGUGAAGGCAACAGUUGGCCGCGGCAGGGUCCUGGUGUCCCGGCUGGACCUGGUCUCGACGUGCCCGCUCGGACAGGCUGUUGGAAACGGGAGACUUGAGGCGCGGCGCGGCGCGGCGUGACGUCUUGUGUGAGAAACCACGUGGGGAACUAUGGAUCGAUGAGGGGGGAAAUUACGGAUCGAUGAGGGGGGAAAAAGCAGACGUGGAAGAGCGCUGAGCUCGCCGGUGUGUGACUGCCCUGAAGACUUGGGAAAGUUGACUCUCGCCCCGGUCACCGACGGCUUGCAUGUCCCGGGGAAUCUGUUCAACCUGUCAGCCUCGUCAUGGAGGAUCAUGGACCCCACCGACCCCUCUCCGCUAUGAGGGUGUCAACGAAAAGUAAAGCCCCGUCUCCCCCGGUUGUAAAAAGCCCGGACUCCCCUGGAUUCUCCCAGAGGUACCCAGGAUACCCUCAUUUGACUAUGGACCAGAAGGAGAACCUGACUGAAAAAGACCUGUCUCUGGUUGUGGUUCUCCCUGGCGGAGCGGAGAAGAUGACCACGGUACAUGGCAGCAAACCCUUAAUGGAUCUGCUGGUGAUGCUGUGUGCCAAGUAUCACCUUAACCCUUCCAGCCACACCUUGGAGCUGGUCACCGCCAACAGAAACCACAUCAAGUUCAAGCCCAACGCUCUGAUAGGAAACCUGGAGGCAGAGAAGCUGCUGCUGAAACCCAAGGGAAUGGACGAAAAGAAUAAAAAGACCGUCCCCGUGAUGCCUGAGGCUACUGUUCGUAUGGUGAUAAACUAUAAAAAGACCCAGAAGACCAUACUACGCGUCAGCCCUCGAGUUCCCCUGGCAGAACUCUUGCCGGCCAUUUGUGAGAAAUGUGAAUUUAACGUGGAGACGACGGUUCUGUCAAGAGACGUCCAGUCACAGGGCCCGUUGGACUUGUCCAGUUCUCUCAAUGAUUAUGCCAUAAGAGAGGUUUAUGCAAGGGACACAAAAGACCAGCCUGCCUCUCCUCUGUGUCCACCCUCACCAGCUCAGGCAGGUACAGUUGCACCAGGCAAAGAUAAGACUCAGAAAGAGAAGGAAAACAAAGGCCUCUUCAGUAUGUUUAGAAGAAGCAAGAAAACAUCUGAACAGGCAGUGACAGCCAGUGCUCCGGCGUCACCAGUCCUUGUGAGUAAGCCUCGACCCCUCAGCAUGGCCUUGCCCAGCACAAACUCCUCUCCGUUCAGCUCCCCCACUAUGCCCGCCGACGUGCCAAAGAAGCGACGCGCACCCCAACCCCCAGCUCUUGUGUCCCAGAGCUGCCCUUCGGACCUCGGACCUCGACAGACACUAGAUUCUGAACCUGAGGCCCAGGUGGACGUCGACCAGGUGUCGAGUUUAAGUCGCAGGUCCUCAACAGAGUCUUCCCUAAAGAGAACCAAGCGCAAGGCUCCUCCACCUCCAACAUCGCCCGCUAUCGUUGUCCAAGAUAAACCUUCACAAGAUGGGUGUUCACAAGGGCUCGCAGCUUCCAAUACACUGGAGGAGAUCAGGGAGCAGGAAGAAACCACCGUGUCUGUAAUUUCUAGAACUGUGAGUGAUACCCAGGGAGACGACAGCAGUCUCAACUUGUCGGUGAACGUCUCCCUGGACUCUUCGUCCCCCGACGCCGAGAUGCUGAGCCUGGGCACCGGGGACGAUCAGCCUGGUGAUCUGUCCUCAGAUGGCAAAUCAAGACAGAGCACAGCGAAGGAUUCUGUGGCAGAUAACAAUCUGAGGCCAACUGCUGAAAUGGACUCAUUUGAACUGGCUGGUACUGAAAGUGGUUUGUGUCAAGUUGAAAAAGAAAGUCAGCAGCAAACGUGUGAGUCCACAACUGGAAGUGUCAAAGGUGAAUGCAGCAGCCCCUCCCACUCACCCACCCAGCCUGAGAUGCAGGAUGUGGAGGCACUGGUUUCUGUUCAGACCAGCACUGAAGGCCCCCGGGAGGAGAGUGACCGGCUGGAGACUAUAGUGGCCAGUGACGCACCAUGCACCGCAGGAGAGGAUGCUCCGGUGCAAACAGAUUUAACACCCCUGCCUAUACAACAGGAUGGGGAUGAUGUUCCUGCUUUAGCAGAGCCACCUGGCUCUGGAUCACUGGGGCAGAAGAGAGACAUGGCCACUUUUACAGAGGAGCUAAAUUCGCCCGACGGCAAGCCCAUCUUAUUCCACAGCUCAGACAACCCUCCGUGCCAAGCAACGACGAGUGUCCCUGCUGGAGCAAAGGCAGCUUCUACUUACGCCUCCGAUUCAGAGCCGAAGCCGAAACCUUCCAAUGAACUGACUAGGGACUACAUUCCUAAGGUGGGAAUGACGACGUAUACUAUCGUGCCUCAGAAAUCUCUGGAGAAACUGAGAUAUUUUGAAGUUGAGCUGACUUUGGAGACACCCGAUGUGGGCCCAGAAAAUGAAGCAGAUAUUAAUUCUCUUCAACUGGAGGACUCCAACGCACAGAGUGAAGAGCCGGUUGUCUCAGUGCAACAAACAGAGUCACAAUCUACAGCACCACCUUUGUGUGAUAAUACUACUUCUACUGCUACUACUACUACUACUACUACCUACAACACUGUUAAUGGAAGUGUGACUGAACUGAGCCAUUCCCCAGCAGCACCAACAAGUUUAGCCACAGUGGAAGAAAAGAUCUCAUCCACAACUAAUCGGGGACUCCAAGCAGGUACAACAGCAGAGGUCAAGGAGAUGAAAAUUCCACCCGCAACUAAACCCAAGCCCAGUUCUUUCCGCUUGCCACAGCACAAAAAAACACCUGGGUAUUAUGUAACUUCAGCAGCCGUCAAGAGUCUCAGUCCCACUUCUGCAACGGGCCAGAGGGAGGCUCCCAGCAGUCUAGAGAGGGCCAAGUUGCCGCCUCCUCCUCCUCCUCCACCUCCCAUGCAGUGUGAAGGGAAAACAAUAGGGGGCGCCCAUGUUGAGCAGAGCCCGAAGAAAGAUGACAACAAGAAUGUGCCCAUCACGACUAGGCAGAGUAGUUACUCACCGAAAGAGCCAAACGUUGGCCUAAGCUUGGAAAAACUGAGGAGCUUUGCAGCUCCAAGACCCUUUUCUCCAACAACCCCGUCCCGCUUCGCCCAGGCCGUCUCCUCCGCGGUCAAAAGGAGCCAGUCUUUAUCCCAAGGGCCAAAGUCUCCCCACUCGCCAGUGUCACCGCACUUCUUUUCAAGUGCGGGUCGUUUUUCACUCAAAGAGUCGAAGGGAUCGCCCACGUCCAAGGAAGGCGCCAGUGGGGAAGCGGAUGGGGAUGAAAGCUCCGUGCAACAAGGAGGAGUGGAUGAACCGCCAUCUCCUCGUGGGGUUGUUGAGGCAGGAGGAGGAGAGAGCGGUCCACAGCGAUGCCUUAAUCAUUCUGAAAAUAGACCGGCUCAGCUUUCAGCUGAGGAGCCCGACAUAUCUUCCAUGGGUUUGCCAGAGCCUGUGAUGCACGAGUAGAAACCGUCUUUUGUUGUCGUACCUCUUUUGGUAUUCCACCUAACAGUGUACAUAUGAGAACCUGAUGUGUUCUGGUUAUUAUUAAUUGCUGUAAUUUCAUUUUCACACACACCUUCUGUUUCAGAUAGUGUAUUUUAAAUUCUCGGGGUUUAUUUUCUGUAAUGACCAUCCGUGCAUUCAAUGCAUUGUCGGUGUGAAUGGGGAAAAAUCACAUGAGGUCAAAAUAUCUAUAAAUUAUUAGACUGAGUCACUGAGCUGUACUGAGAUUUAAGUUUAUGCAGAACAUUCGCUCAAUUAAUACUGGAUGCAUGGGUCAGACGGCCUGACCUAGUGGUACCUAAACUGCAGUGCCUUAAAUCACUUCAGGUCUGUACUGUAUUUAAAUAUCACACAUUCUGUUUUGAUUAAGCUAUGUGCAGAUGUAUACUGAUAUGUACAACUGGCCUGUUUCCCCUGCCUACAGUGCUGUUAUAAAUAAGAGUAAAAGUUUUAUCAUUAAAGCUACU